GGCUAGUGCCCCCUGCCUGCCCCAGGAACGGCUCGGCGUCACUUGUCGGCCCCGCUGACAUAAAAUCCUGUCAUUAAAUUCCACCCAUUUCUCGCGGACUAAUCUACUGUGGCCGAGGUAAACACGGUCCUGAGCCGUCCCUGCGGCAGCACCAAGCCGGAGUGGUUCCCAGGGCCCUGGGGGAGGGGGUCCGGUCGGCGGAAUUCCACCCUUUGAUAUGGCGAUAUCGGGUUUAUCUGGUUGAAGUGGUCGCUCGCGCGUUCCAGGGGGUGGUGUAUAUAAAGCGCGCGUGCCACCACUUGAUCGGAGGCUCCGUGCAAGUAGCCAGGAUCCGAGCGCCUUCAGGCAGCGAUCACACCCUUCCAGCACUGAACAUUGCGCAGCUUCUGCAUCGAACCAGUUGAGCGCUGCACAGGAGAGGACUACUCCGCGGUGCAAAAUGAAAGGGCUGCCGAAGUUGGCAACGCUCCUGGUCGGCCUGCUGCUGACGGGGUUGGGGGCUGCCGUACAGUUCGACAACUUCGAAGAUUUUCUGAUGGUGGUUGAGGCGGAGACAGGGAGAGGAAGCCGGCCCACGAUGUCUGGCGCCCGACUGAAGACACGUAUGCAGACGGAGGGCAUGCAGGAGGGUCCCGGCUGGGACGAUGAAGACAGCGACGCAGAGACCAGUGGAGACGACCCGGAUCGGCCGCAGCCGCCGGCAGUCAAGCCUGACUUCGACCGAGGUGGCCGUGAGUCUGCCCGGCGGGUGAGCUGCUGCGACUUCGGGCGGCUGGCUGGGAGCGGGGGCUACCACUGCAACCCCGACUUCUACAAGCCGCAGGUGUGGUUCCGUCUCCGAAAUCAGCUGCAGUUUAAGAUGAAGCAGAGGAUGGCGGCAAAGCGGGGCCGCAAGAGCUCUCCGCUGAUCUCGCAGUUCAGAAAGUGCAUGAAUGGAAAGAGGAUGGCAAAGAACGCCUUCCACAAGUGCUGUAAGGAUACACACAUGGAGGCUAUGCUGGCCCAAAAGUACAAGAUUAACUGGUACAUCUGACGACGGAACAGAGUGUUUCAAUGUCGUCCGAUCUGAGGACAUGGAGGCGGUCAUGUUACAACGCAGGUGAAAGUCGAAAUGACUUAUGGGGAAGAGAGCAAACAAAGAGCAUGUCGGACACGGCAAAACAAAUGGACUUGAAGAAUGAAGAGGUGUGAACAGCAAGUCAAACAGCGAAGAAAGUUUCAGAAGACUCCUACUAUAGGGCUAUAUAAGCAGCACUAUGUGCAUAGAAAGCGGCAGAUUGAUUGAAAAACUCGCUGCAUCUUAAAGAAAAAAAUGAAGUAAGUAGUAGGAUAGUAGUUCGGAAUGAACGGGCAUGAUUGCUUGGACGAGGAAAGAAAUAUAGUCUGAUACAGACAUAUAAUGUCGCCUGUACAUCUGUAAAGGGUGUCAAAAGGAUAUCUAUUUUUUUAGUUCCAGAAGUGUAUGAACAGUAUAUUGUAUAGAGCUUCAUGGAAAGAGCUUUGACAAAUCUGUGACGGGUAUGUUUAUGUAGGGAGCUCAGGAUAAACGUGUGCAACCUGAAUACUAACAUUCCUACCGGUACAACUCAUCUCACUAAUGUUCUCUCAGACUGUGGAGUCUUUAACUUUAAACUUGACUUGUCUACAGCUGGUUUAGUUGGGGAGAAGGACAUGCACAGACUUGAAGUCAAGAAAUUGUGAAUUUUGAAUGAUAAAUUACAUAUUCUGGAUCUUGUUUGGUACAUUUUGUACAAGGUUUUGUUUUGUCAACACAUUGACCGAGCAAAGGCAGGAGGGCCCCCUAAAUGCCGACUGCGCAGGUCUCCCACUAUUGUCUGUGACUAGGUCCGGCCUUAAGAAGAAGCUGAAGUUCUGUGUUGUUCUGAUGGAAAGUGUUUACGUGUUUAUGUUCUCAGGGAGGUUUGCCCAGGCAUUCCAACCUUUCUGUCAUACGAUAUUCUUGCAAGGUUUGUUGUUCUUGACGCGUGAAACUGACUCCGAGGCAUUGGUAUUAAUUGGCCAUGAAGCGAAAGACCAGUGACAUGUGAAGUUAAAGUAAAAGUUAACAGUGUUUGGAGAGCAAUCUCCAAGCAGAUCUUUUGGUGGGACUAAGACAGUAUCGAGUUGGCCAGGCUGUAUCCAUGGGGAAAUAGAUGCAGGAUGGCCAAUUUGAUACUGUCCCACCGAAAGAUCUGCUUGGAGAUUAUUUGGAGAGAUCACAAUACGUAUAUAUUUGGAGAGAUCACAAUACGUAUGUACACAUAUAUACUAGAAACGGAUGUUUUUCUUCUGACAUUGAACACCCAUGUAUACAUUUAUGUGUACUUCAGUCUUGGGAAGCCAGUGAGUGACACUUGGCGUGGUCCUAGCUAAAUAGGUCGGUAAAGCAGAAAUGCCAAAACAUGAAGACUAGCUAUAGGCGGAAAUCUAUGCGCAUCUAUUGCAUAUUAAUUCUCAUAACUCUGUUUAGGUUGCAAAAGUUGGUCAAGGAGGAGUGUAUCAUUUCUCGCAAGCUAAGUCAGUUUUUUUUAGAGCAAAUUGUAUAGCAUCUGUUACAGAUGUUGAUUUAUUUGUACAACACAUACAAAGAUAUCUUUAGCUCGUCUUAACGGCUGAGUAUAGAUUUAUGUGUGAAGUGAACUGUCAGAGUCAAGAAACCGACAAGUGGGAAGGGCAACUAUCGGGUGAUAGAUAUUUGACUCCUUAUCUAAAUGAUAAAAUUCUCACAUCUGUUGUGUUUGGAUGAUGGAAAAGUUUGAGUAGAAAAUUGAUCGGUGAAAAGUAUGAUGUACGGAAAGGGCUGUUUAAUAAAAAUGACAUCCAAUCAUAUACUCGAGCAUGUCUUUGUCAACACGUAUAUACACGGUGCGUAAUCUAUGGGUAUUUUAGAUGUAAUGUAGCUACAUUGGUC